UUACCUUUGUGUGUUAUCCAAACAUGGCUAUAAACGGAGGGAAAACCCUAGUUCCCUUCCUCCUCAUCCUUUCCAUCCUUUUCGUGCUCGUGUUGUCGGCGUACGGGAGAGACGAACCGGAGCAGCGCCUCGAGCGAUGCCGCUCCGAAUGCAGGGAGGAGCAGAGGGGGGAGCAGCAGCGCCGCCGGUGUGAGCAGCUGUGCCAGGAGGAGUACCGCAGAGAGAAAGAGGGCACCGGUAGGGGUGGAGGAUCGGCCGUCGACGGAGUCGACAGAGACCCCCAGCAGGAGCUGAGGGAAUGCAAAAAGGAGUGCCGGAGCCGGCAGUUCGAUCCGCAGGGCCAGCGUCGGUGCGAGCAGCGGUGCGAGGAGCGGUACGGAGAAGAAGGGAGAGGGAGAGGCCAGGAGGGACGGGAUCAUGAGAGCAGAGAUCCUGAGCAGGAGUAUGAGGAGUGCCGACAGCAGUGUCAGCAGUACCGGCACGGCCGGCAGCAGCAGGAGCGGUGCGAGAGGCAAUGCGAGGAGCGGUACAGAGAGGAAAGAGGCCAAGGCGGGCGUGACGAGAACAGAGAUCCUGAGCAGGAGUAUGAGGAGUGCAGACAGCAGUGUCGGCAAUACCAGCACGGCCGGCGGCAGCAGGAGCGGUGCGAGAGGCAAUGCGAGGAGCGGCGCAGAGGAGGAAAAAACGACGAGCAGGAGAGAGACCCGCAGGAGGAGUUGCGGCGGUGCCAGCAGCGAUGCCAGCGGGAGCGACGUGGCUGGCAGGAGCAGCAGGAGUGUCGGAGGGGGUGCGAGCGGCAGUACGGAGAGCGGGGAGGCCGAGACGGAGGCAUGGUCGUAGAGGUGGUGUAGUGGGCGGGUGGUGGCUCUGAGAGCUCUUCCAUGAGCUUGUUGGGUGCGUUCGGAGUUGAAUGCCGGAGUCAACUCCUGAAGUUGUAGCUAAGGAGGCUUGGUAAACUAAAUAAAUAAAAUAAAAAGAGCUGCCUUUGCAAUAACAUGUGGAGCUACCUAGCUUUUGUUUUGGACUUAA